AUUCCAUUAAUAUUUUCAAAACAAAAAUCUUCCUUUGAUUACUUAUAAAUUCUUUAUAUUUAUCAAAAUGGGUUUCGCCCUCAAAAUAAAGACAAAAAAUGGUGAUCAACAUAUCAUAAGUGAUUUAAAUGAACAAACAAAAAUUGAAUAUCUUAAAAAUAAAAUUCAAAUGUUAACGCAAAUACCACCUCCUAUUGAGAUAAGAAGUGGAUUUCCUCCAAAAUUACUAUCAGCUGAAGAUGAUGCAACAUUGAAAAGUAGUGGAAUAUCUUCUGGAGAAACAUUGAUAGUAGACACAAAACCUUUGAGUAAAGAAGAGAAGGAAGCUAUUGAGAGAGCGAAGCGACUAGCAGAAGAUGAAAUACUUGCUAGACAAUUUGCAGAUCCAGAUGGUUCAAGUGUUCCAAAUGGAAUCUUAUUGAAACAAGUUGUUGAUGCUGACAAUUCAUGUUUGUUCACAAGCAUCGGAUUUAUUCUAUCAGGAAAAGUUGAUACAACAUGUGGCAAUUACAUGCGACAAAUUAUAGCACAAAAUGUACAUAAUGACAAAGAAACGUAUAAUUCAGGAAUAUUAGGACGUGAUAAUGCUGAAUACUGUGCUUGGAUCAUGCAAGAAAGUAACUGGGGUGGAGCUAUUGAAGUGUCUAUCUUAAGUCAACAUUAUGGAAUUGAAUUCGAUGUCGUUGAUAUAACAAAUGCAAUGAUCAAUCGAUUUGGAGAAGAUAAACAAUAUCCAAUGCGUGGCUUUCUUCUUUACGAUGGCAUCCAUUAUGAUCCUCUCUAUCUAGAAUCUCUCAAUGGCGAUUCCCAAAAAACAUUGUUUUCAGUUGAAGAUGAACAUUUCGUUUUUGAAAUGGCUCAAAGCUUGGCGAAUGAAGCCAAAAGUUCACGUCAAUACACUGACGUCGAUAAAUUCACGUUGAAAUGUUUGCAAUGCGAUACUCAACUUAAAGGACAAAAUCAAGCUACCGUACAUGCAAAAGAAACUGGACACACACAAUUUGGCGAAGUGUGAACAAAAACUGAAGUUUUGAAGUUUGCUUUCCAUUUCUUUUCAUUUUUUACAUUUUCAUAAUCACAAAACACAUUUCAAUUCGAAUGUAAAUAAAUUUUUGAUCUUUAUUGAAUGCUUUUUAAAUUUAAAUAGCAAAUAAAUAAUAAUGAAGCUUGAUUAGAAACAA